CGUCUAAAUUCAUCUACAGUUAGCCAAAUAAUGAAGAUCCUAGACUGGAUGCACCGGAAGCUGCAGCCAGCCACCAAGUACUCUCGUGUUUCUCACACGAAUGCACCAGCUUUCGAACAUGACGCCGUGGAUCGAAUCGAUCCGGCCCACCACCAUGCAGCGGUCGGAACUGAGCCGGACAGCGAAACACCACUCCUCCUCCACGUUAAUCUCGCCGGUAUCCUCACCAUCGGCACUCUCGG